AUCACUACCCGAACAGCACGACAUAGAUCCAUCCAAUAGCAACUCACCAAGCCAUUCCAGAUUCCAAAGGACAAGUAAGCGAAGCGCAAACACUAGCAGCCAGCUCGGAAUAAUCGGAGGAGCCAGUCCCCCCACCUACUUUGCUCUGCUCUGCUCCUCCAUGGCCAGCAGCUACUACUCCCUCAUGCUGCUCCUGCUGCUGGCGGCCACGGCCGUAGCAGAAGAAGCAGCCGCCGAGGCGUCCGGAGGCGGCGGCAACGCGACCGAGACGUCGCCGACGGCGUACGAGAUGCUGGAGCGGUACGGCUUCCCGCGGGGCAUCCUGCCGGCGGGCGUGACAGGGUACGAGCUCGGCGCGGACGGCGCCUUCGAGGUGUACUUCCCGCGGGCCUGCGAGUUCCUGCUGGCGAGGACGUGGCUGGUCCGCUACGAGGCGCGCGUGUCCGGGUCCGUCGCCGCCGGCUCGCUCACGGCGCUGCGGGGGAUCAGCGUGAAGGUGCUGUUCCUGUGGCUCGGCGUCGGCGAGGUGGACCGCGCCGGGGAGACGCUCAGCUUCUACAUCGGCCCCGUCGCCACGUCGUUCCCGAUCGACGACUUCGCCGAGAGCCCGCGCUGCCGCGGCUAUGAUGCCGAGGCGGCGGCCUCGUCGUGACUCAUGACGCAGCCUUCAGCCGGCGGUGAUUAUUAGGACUGCCUUGCUGAUUUAGCUGGCUAUAUAUACACUUGUGCAUCGAUCGAGUCGGAGCCGGCGAUUAGCUAUUUUUCCUCGUCCUUUAAUUUUUGUUUAUUUCGCGGACUUUGAGCAAGUUAUUUGCGG